GGCUGAAUCGCGCAUCCAUUUGAAAUCCGCAAAGCUGAACCAGGAACUACGGCGAGAUUCUUCCCCUCUUUUAACUGGUGAAUCAAGGAUGGGGAAAAAGGAUGCAAGUUCUGUCAAGUUGCCGGUCGAUCAGUACCGUAAACAGAUCGGAAAACAGGAUUACAAGAAAACCAAGCCAGCGCUGCGAGCCACUCGGCUGAAGGCGGAGGCGAAGAGGAGUGCUCCGGGAAUCAGGGCCAUUUUCUCUGGCUGUGCAUGCUUGGCAAGUGGCUCUCCAUCUAUGACCAUCCCUCACUCAACCCGCCCAAACGCACACACGUUCUUAUUUUUCGUCUUCCAUCGUUCUUUAGCAUCGCUCCUGUUAGUGAGUUCUGUGUGAGGCUCAGGAGAGCAGGUUGAGGCUGAGGUUCAGGGCAUCCUGGGGUCCGUGUUGGCAGUCUGCUCAAUCUGCUGUUCUCCACUUGUAGGCCAGUUGGUUUGUUGGGAUGUUGCCUGCCGGCUUGGGGAGGCAGCGGGCGCUCGACCACCUGCUGUGGGCACUGCUUGGCUCACUGGUGCCUGGCUGAGCGGAUGGCAUCACCUGGCACAGAGAAGAGGUGCUGGCGGCCUCAGCUGUGUGGGGCGCCUGGCCUGAAAAAAUCAGUGCCAAUUCUCUAGCCCUGGAGCUGAAUAUUGAGAGCCCGCUGGCCAACUUUAACUGUCACUCUUCAGUACAUUCCAUUGCAUGCAUAAGUAAGUCCCAGUGAUUUUUAUCUAAGGUUCUAAAAUACCCAAAAGUGCCAUAGUAGUACCACUUUUUUUAAACAUGUUGAUACCUUCUGGUGCAAGACACCAACACCAAGCCUCUGAAAUACAUU